GAACAAGCGGAAUUUGUCGUCUUGUUGGCAUGGAAUGACACCUUCUCACCGGGAGCGUCAGAAACACGAUGGCAAGCGUUUUUCUCAAGUGGAUCACCUCUCUGCUCUGGCUGGGCUCCUGCGUUCUGGCGGAAAGGAAAGUAUGCCAAGGCAUCAGCAACCGGUUUAACCUCCUGGGUUCGAAAGACAACCACUACCUGAACAUGGUGAAGACCUACGGUAACUGCACCGUGGUCCUGGAGAACCUGGAGGUCACCCACAUGGAGGAGCAUCGUGACCUGUCCUUCCUCAGGUCUAUUGAAGAAGUGGGUGGCUAUGUCAUGAUUGCCAUCAACACAGCAUCCAGGAUUUCUCUGGAGAACCUGCGCGUCAUCAGAGGACAUACCCUUUAUGAGGGAGAGUUUGCACUUGUUGUGUUCGGCAAUUAUAACAAAGAAUCAAAUAUGGGCACCAAUCAGCUUCAUCUAAACAGUCUAACAGAAAUUCUAAAAGGAGGCGUGAAGUUUGGGAGAAACCGGCUGUGCAAUGUAGAAACAAUACAGUGGUAUGAUAUUGUCAGUGCCGACAACAAACCCAAGAUGGAGCUCCCAGUUGCUAGCAACAACCCACUUUGUAGAAGAUGUGACUCGAGCUGCUUCAAUGGUUCAUGUUGGGCAUCUGGUCCUCAAAAUUGUCAGACUUUAACAAAGCUGAACUGUGCACAGCAGUGCUCUAAGAGAUGCAAAGGACCUUCACCAAGUGACUGCUGCAAUGAGCAUUGCGCCGCAGGAUGCACAGGACCCAGACCGACCGACUGUCUGGCCUGUCGGGACUUCCGGGAUGAUGGGGUGUGUAAGGACUCCUGCCCAGGCCUCAUGCGCUACGAUCCCAACCUGCACCAGCUGGUUCCCAACCCACAUGGAAAGUACAACUUCGGGGCCACCUGUGUCAAAAGCUGCCCACAUAAUUAUGUUGUGACUGAUCACGGAGCCUGUGUGCGGACGUGCAGCGGUAACACAUACGAGGUGGAUGAAGGAGGAAUUAGGAAAUGCGCCAAGUGUGACGGACUGUGUCCAAAAGUGUGCAAUGGACUUGGAACAGGAGACCUGACUCACGCUGUGUCCAUUAAUGCCACAAACAUCGACUCCUUUAAAAACUGCACCAAAAUCAACGGUAACAUUGCCAUCAUGUACCCAUCGAUUUAUGGGGAUACAUUUACCAAAACACCAAAGAUGGAUCCUGCCCAGCUUGAUGUGUUUAAGACAGUUAAGGAAAUUACUGGAUACUUGUGGAUUCAGACGUGGCCAGCAAGCAUGAGCUCACUUAGUCCUUUUGAGAAUCUGGAGAUCAUUCGAGGAAGAACUAAACGUGCGAGUCGCAGUUUGGUUAUGACUUAUCUCGGUAUCAACUAUCUAGGCCUUAAGUCUCUCAAAGAAAUCACCGAUGGAGACGUGAGCAUCUUUAAGAACCGGGACCUCUGCUACACCAACAUCAGCCACUGGAAGAGGUUCUUCAAAUCAGACAGCCAAAGUGCUAUGAUAGAAGGAAACGCUGAUGCUGCCACGUGCGCUCUGAGGAACAACACGUGUGACAGGAAGUGUACCACAGACGGCUGCUGGGGUCCAGGCCCAGACAUGUGUUUUGCCUGCCGUGACUACAGCCGUGAUGGGAGUUGUGUUGACUCCUGCAACAUCCUGGAGGGAGAACCACGGGAGGCAGUCGUGAAAAAAACCUGCACUGAGUGUCACCCAGAGUGUCAGCGAAUGAAUGGGACUGUGACCUGCAGCGCGCCUGGUUCUGGAAACUGUGCUAAGUGUGCCAACUUCCAAGAUGGACUGUUCUGUGUCUCCCGCUGUCCCCAAGGCAUGCCAGGGGAGGACGACAUGCUAGUGUGGAAAUAUGCAGACGAGAUGAAAGUGUGCCAGCUCUGCCACAAAAACUGCACUCAAGGGUGCAUUGGACCUGGCCUCGGCGGCUGCCAUAUUAAAAGCCUGCUGUCUUUCAGCCCCCCUGGUCUUUCCAUGAUUGCGGCUGGUGUAGUUGGUGGGCUGCUGGCUGUUCUUAUUGCAGGCCUGUCUGUCUUUGUGUUGCUCCGCCGACGCCACAUCAAGAGGAAGAGAACCAUGCGCAGACUGCUCCAAGAGAGAGAGUUGGUUGAACCUCUUACUCCAAGCGGAGAGGCGCCAAACCAGGCUCUGCUGCGGAUCCUGAAGGAACCUGAAUUUAAGAAAAUCAAAGUGCUGGGAUCCGGAGCGUUUGGUACAGUUUACAAGGGUCUGUGGGUUCCAGAGGGAGAAGAUGUGAAGAUCCCUGUGGCCAUCAAGGUUUUAAGAGAGGCCACAUCACCAAAAGCAAACAAGGAGAUCUUGGACGAAGCCUAUGUGAUGGCGAGUGUGGAGCACCCCCAUGUGUGUCGUCUGCUGGGCAUCUGCCUAACCUCCACAGUGCAGCUCAUAACCCAGCUGAUGCCCUACGGCUGCCUGCUGGACUACGUCAAAGAGAACAAGGACAAUAUCGGCUCCCAGCACCUGCUCAACUGGUGUGUGCAGAUCGCCAAGGGUAUGAACUACCUGGAGGAGCGCCACUUGGUGCAUCGUGACUUGGCAGCGAGAAACGUCCUGGUGAAGACUCCUCAACACGUCAAGAUUACAGACUUUGGUCUGGCCAAACUCCUCAGUUCGGACGAGAAAGAGUACCACGCAGACGGAGGAAAGGUACCGAUUAAAUGGAUGGCUCUUGAAUCUAUUCUGAACAGAACCUACACACACCAGAGUGAUGUAUGGAGUUACGGUGUAACAGUCUGGGAGCUGAUGACAUUUGGGACCAAACCAUAUGAUGGGAUUCCAGCCAGUGAAAUAGCCGGGGUCCUGGAGAAAGGAGAGCGCCUACCUCAACCACCAAUCUGUACUAUAGAUGUCUACAUGAUCAUGGUGAAAUGUUGGAUGAUCGAUGCAGACAGCCGGCCUCGUUUCCGAGAACUAAUAGCUGAAUUUACAAAGAUGGCUCGGGAUCCAUCCCGUUAUCUUGUCAUCCAGGGUGAUGACCGCAUGCACCUACCCAGUCCCACAGAUACUAAAUUCUACGGCAGCCUGAUCAGCAGUGAGGACAUGGAGGAUGCUGUGGAUGCAGAUGAAUACCUGGUACCACAGCAUGGCUUCUUCAGCAGCCCGAGCACCUCCCACACCCCACUGCUUCACUCCACAAGCCUUAACAGCAGCAUUGGAACAUGCCACGGCAGAAAUGGCUUUAUGAGCGGAUACCCGAGCAGAGAUGGAAGCAUGGUCCUCCGAUACAUUCCUGACCCCACAGACAAAAUUUUGGACAAUGCCUUCCAGCCCGCUCCAGACUACAUGAACCAGAAUGGAGUCUCAGAUGUGGUGAAUCCUAACUACCAGCAUCCAGGUCCACCUCGCGCCAUUCUUCCCACCAUCUCUUCUGACGAUACAGAGACUGAGUACUUGAACUGCUUUAAGAACGGGACCAACGGACCCGAAUACCUCAAUGAGGUCCCGGCCCCCGCCAUCCUCCCGCUCACCUCAAACGGCAUAGUCCACAGCAUUCAGAAAUACCAUCCCCAGAAUAGCAUAGACAACCCCGAUUACCAACAAGAUUUCACUCCCACCUUCAAAACCCACGCUAACGGACACAUACCGGCAGCGGAGAACGCAGAGUACCUGGGCCCAGACUGAGGACUUAGUGGAAUCAGACAACAAGUAAGAGACUGUUUUCUGUUCCAUGAAGAAAGGCACUGAAAUCGCGGUUGGAAAAGCAUCGAUAAGUGGUACCAUCCAUUAUCAUAUAUGUUGUGUCCUGUCUAAUGGAGUCAGGUGAUACAUUGUGCCACUCCUUGCAUUGUUAGCAUGCCUUUGCGUUAAAUUGGUCUCAUUCCAAAGAGUUUUUUUCUCACUACCAAACUACGAAUGACUUUUUCUUGAUGAAAGCAGGACGAAAGCUGAGUUGUAUGUGACUCAGUUGACCUUACAGUUGCUGGACUAGUUACACUCCACCCUGAUGUAGCCUGUAAAUCUGAUCUCUUGAAGUGUCGGUAGUGGAACACCUUCAAAUGUUAUGCACAAAAUACUUAAUGUGAUCCAAAUGUGUCGGCGGAGGAAUGCUAUUAAAAGGAUGUAAGCGCUUCCAAUUUUUAGGAGGCAGAAGCUCUGUUGCAUAAAACAGAAACUGGCAGCUCAACCCAAAACACAACCUGAGGUACAUGUGUUGCAGACUCGCCAGUUAAAACCUGCAGACAGAAGAUUUCUCUGUGGGGAAAUCAAGAAGAAUAGAGGGAGUUUUUACAAGAAAGUGGCUGGUUCAGGUGUUGAGUUCCUCAGAGGCCCGACGACACUCUUCCUGAAGGACCAGUCAAUGAGGAAACAAAAUCUUGCAAUGUAUAGAAUGUAUAGUCGGUGUAAAGGGGAAUACUGGUGAACUGUUUCAUUUAAACACGUUACCUUCAUGUUCUAAAACGGUUCUAUGUGUGCAGAAACACUCGUUGUCUCUCCCGGCUUGGAACUAGAGUGCAGAAUUCCUUGUUCACCCUGAUGUGUGAUAUCACAGUAACUAUGUGGAGAAUGUGAUGGCAAAUACCGCAGCACUUUUGUAACGUGAAGUAUAUUUGUGUAGACCUGCAAAGUUAGCUACACUCUAAGGAGUUUAUCAGUGUGGCAUACUGGUCUGUGCACACAGGAAACUCUGUGACUGAUAUUUCCCCAACACUCCUGACUGUACUCCCAGCUUAUCAAGUUUUUUCCGCUCAGCACAUUAACUUGACAAACAAAAACUUCAUCAAAAAAAUAAACAGUAGCUCCUUUCGUGAUCCUGUGACGUUAUUUCCCCCAUUUCGUAACUUUCUUAAAAGAUGCUGGUUGAACUGUUUUAGGCCAUGUGAGUAACUCGUUUAAAUUUUAGUCGCCUUUCCCUGUGAUGUAUUUUAGAGACUAUUUUUAAAUGGCUCUGUGUCAGAAACUAAUGAUGCUUUUGAUGUCCGUGAUCUAUUAAUAUCACCAGGAGACUUUUGUGUUUUGUUUUGUUUUUUUUUAGCAAAAGCGUAGACUGUCGUUUGACAAAGGGUGUUGACACCACAUCUAUGAAUCUGUUCGUAGCUUUAAAGUGUUUUAGUUUUGCAAGAGCAUUAACUUUGCAAAUAUUAUUCCUAAUUUUAAAGGAAUAUACUAUUGUAGCGGCCUGUAAGCCUACUUUUGCAGAUUUUACACAGGUACAUGUACAGGAAAACAGUGAUUGUGCUGUAAUAUACCCAAAAAUAUACAACUAUAAUUUAUACUCAGUACACAGUUUUGUCAUAUCAUACGUGAAUAUGCACUUACUCCUGAAUUGUGAUUAUUUCAUUCAAAAGUGAACAUGAAUAAAUCUUUCUUUCUAUGGGAA